GCGGGUUCGAGUCCCGGCGCGGGCGGAGCCGGAGCGGCAGCACCGAGCGCGGAGGGGGAGGGGGGGGGACACCGGGGAGGGGGAGGGGACACGCGCGGACCCCCCGUGAUGGCGCGGGACAAGGAGAAGAGGAGCUGCGGGCAAGUGGUGGCCGAGUGGCGAGCGUUCCUGUGGGACCCCCGCACGCGCCAGUUCCUGGGCAGGACUGGUUCCAGUUGGGGGCUGAUCCUGCUGUUCUACCUGGUGUUUUACGGGUUCCUGGCUGGGCUCUUCGCCCUCACCAUGUGGGUGAUGCUGCAGAGCGUCGAUCCCCACGUGCCCAAGUACCAGGACCGGCUGCUGACCCCCGGGCUGAUGAUCCGUCCCUGCACCGAGGGUCUCGAUGUCACCUUCAACGUGAGCCAGAGCCAGACCUGGCUGCAGUACGUGAGGGCCCUGCACCAGUUCCUGGAGCCGUACAACGACAGCGUGCAGGCCGCGCGCAACGCCGCGUGCCCGGCCGGCCGCUACAACGAGCAGCCGGACGACAGCGUCCCCAACUACCCGAAGCGCGCCUGUCGCUUCAACCGCUCCCUGCUGGGGCCCUGCGCCGGCCUGGAGCCCCACGGUGACUACGGCUACGGCAACGGGCAGCCCUGCGUGCUGGUCAAGGUCAACAGGGUCAUCAACUUCUUCCCGGGGAAGAACAAGAGCAUCAACAUCGUCUGCGCCGCCAAGCGGCCCCGGACCAAGGGUGACCUGGGACACUCGGCCACCACCCGCGAGGAGGACGCCGCCCUGCUGGGCCCCCUGCAGCUCUUCCCCCCCAACGGCUCCAUCGACCUCAUGUACUUCCCCUACUACGGCAAGAGAGUGCACGUGAACUACACGCAGCCCGUGGUGGCUGUGCAGUUCCCCAACGCCACGGCCAACGUCGACCACCACGUCGAGUGCCGCCUCAACGCCGCCGGCCUCCGCACCGACGACGAGCGCGACAAAUUCGCCGGGCGCGUCGCCUUCCGCCUGCGCAUCAACCGCGAGUGACCCCGCCCGGCCCCCGCCGUAGCGCCCCGGCCGCCGCCCGCCCCCCGCCCGCCGCUAACGGCCCCGCCCCGCCCCGCCCCGCCCCGCGCGCUCCUAACCCGCCCAGAAUAAAUGUACAUAGGUAUUUUUUAUAUGAGGAAUCGAUUAAACCGUGCCCUAGGGCCCCGCCUCGUC